GAAGGAAACUGCUGAGACCGACUCGAGAACCCACGGACGCCAGCCGCCGCCCGUCCCACAUCCCACCGGCGGCGACUCGGGGUUCCAGCCGUCAGCACGCAGCCGUCGACUGUGUGACGGUGGAGCCACAGGGGUGGUGGUAAUAAGGGCGAUCCCACGCCAGGCGCCACAUCGGGCCUGGAUCGAUGAGCCGCCGUUCCUCGCCAGCGCCGCUGGAUGACGGCGACCUCCUGGAGGAGAUCCUGCUCCGCCUGCCUCCUAAGCCGUCGUCCCUCCGCAGCGCCUCCCUUGUCUGCAAGCGCUGGCGUGGCAUCCUCGCCGACCGUCGAUUCGUCCAACGCUUCCGCAAGCACCACCGGAAGCCUCCUCUGUUGGGCUACUUCGUCAAAAAAUAUAAAGGGGCUAGCUUCACUUCGAUGUCAGACUUCACCCUCAUUACGAGCUCCAUCCCUCGUCUUCGCCACCUCAACCUCGUCUACUGCCGCCACGGUGUUGCCCUUUUUCUUGAUGCACUCUGCGAGAUCCUCGUGUGGAACCCCAUCACCAAUGUCCAGUGCCACGUGGCUUUUCCGCGGGGGCUCAACCAUGACCCGGUUUGCCGUGUCGAGACUGCCGCGGUGCUCUGCUCCGCCUCUGACAAUCUUCUGGUGCAGGGCGAAUUUAUGCUAGUAUUAGUUGGGUACUAUCCUAACCAAGCAAAGGCAUUCACAUGUCUCUACCAAUCCAAGUCUGGUUUAUGGGGAGAAAUUAUGUCAACACCGGCUCGAUGUUCAGUUUACAGGAACAGGACCAGCGUCCACGUUGGAAAUACACUUUGUUGGUUGCUUUAUACCACCGAAAUUUUUCAGUUUGAUUUUGAAAGGCAGACAUUUGCCGUGAUUGAAAAGCCGUCAGGCGCCUAUGCUGGCGUCAACUGCUGGCAUUUUCAGCCUUUACAAACAGAGGAUGGUGGCCUUGGCCUAGCCGUUUGCUCAAAAACCAUAAACAUUCAACUUUGGGCGAGGAAAUCCAACUGCGAUGACAUCGUUUCGUGGGUGCUACAGAAAACCAUUCAAUUAGAUGACCAAAUUUCACAUCCGGUGUUCCUGACUAAAGCAAGAUGUGUUGUGAUGAUGGGGUAUGACGAGGACACAAAUGUGAUCUUCCUAUGUUUCGAAUCUUGUCAUUACUUCAUGCUCCAGCUUGACUCAAUGCAGUUUAGGCAUAUUGGUACCGAAACAGACUGGUGUUACAAAAUGUGUUAUCCAUAUAGAAAUUUCUAUACUAAAGAGGCGCCACAAGAAGAUGAAGGUCUUGGAUCAAAGAAGUGACCCCUGCUACACUGCUGAUGCUACAGACUGGUCUGUUUGGCGUAUGCGGCAGGAGGAACUGUCUUAGGGAAGCAAGUACAAUAGUAUGGUAUUUAUAGGGUGAGUUUUGAGUCAGUGGCAGGUUUUGUACCGGUUUAGGAUGUUAGACGUAACUAGACCAGAUGCUGCUAUGAUGUACUGCAUCUGAACUGUUUGUUACAGUCCUGGUAUCUUUUAUUUGAAAAGAGUUG